AGAGGCUGAGGCCGGUGGCGCACGCCGUUGCCCACUGGGCUCUUCCGCGCACGAUCUUCCCCUCUGCCUCCGCGCCCGGGUCCCGGCCGGGCCCGCAGUACUCAAGAAUGACCAAAAAAAGAAAGCGCCAAGAUGAUUUUCAGAAAGUAAAACUAAAAGUUGGUAAGAAGAAGCCCAGGUCAGAAAAUGCUACCCUUACAAACUUUAAAACGAAGACUAUACAUCUUCCUGAGCAGCUCAAAGAGGAUGUAACACUUCCGACAAACAAUAGGAAACUUAACAUAAAGGAUUUGCUGUCACAGAUGCAUCACUACAAUGCUGGGGUUAAACAAAGUGCUCUUCUUGGACUUAAAGACCUUUUGUCUCAGUACCCAUAUAUAAUUGAUGCACACCUUUCAAACAUAUUAAGUGAAGUGACUGCUGUGUUUACAGAUAAAGAUGCUAAUGUACGAUUAGCAGCAGUUCAACUUCUUCAAUUCCUGGCCCCCCAAAUACGAGCUGAACAAAUUUCUCCAUUUUUUCCCUUGGCCCUGACAGAUGGAUCCAGUAGGUUGAGAGAAAGUGAAGGACUUCAGGAACAAAAAGAAAAUCCCCAUGCCACUAGCAACUCCAUUUUUAUCAACUGGAAGGAACAUGCCAACGACCAGCAGCACAUCCAGGUUUAUGAAAAUGGGGGUUCACAGCCAAAUGUCAGUUCACAGUUCAGGCUACGGUGUCUGGUUGGAGGACUAGGCACGGUGGAUGAAGGCCUGUCAUCUACUGAAAACUUGAAAGGAUUUAUUGAGAUCAUAAUUCCACUGCUGAUUGAGUGCUGGAUUGAAGCUGUGCCUCCGCAGCUGGCGGCUUCUGUUGGAAGUGGUGUAGAACGAGAGCCUCUGCAGGUUAUGCAGCAAGUUCUUAACAUUAUUUCCCUUUUGUGGAAACUCUGUAAACAGCAUGAUGAAACUCAUAAAUUGGAGUCAUGGCUUCGAAAGAAUUACCUUAUUGAUUUCAAACACCAUUUUAUGAGUAAUUUUCCAUAUGCCUUAAAAGAAAUAACCAAGCAAAAAAGGAAAGAGACAAAUAAAAGCAUCAAGCAUUGCACGAUUCUCUCGAAUAAUGUAGAUCACCUUUUACUGAAUUUAACACUGUCUGAUAUCAUGGUCUCCCUGGCAAAUGCCUCAACUUUGCAGAAGGAUUCCAGUUGGAUAGAAAGGAUAAGGAAAUUUGUAACAGAAACCCUUGAAGAUGGGUGUAGGCUAAACAGUAAGCAGCUGAACAGAUUGCUUGGCGUCUCCUGGAGGUUAAUGCAGAUGCAGUCAAACAGAGAGGCUACAGAGUCUCUCAUAAAGGCAGUUUAUACAUUGUAUCAGCAGAGAGGCCUUCUCCUUCCAGUUCGGACUUUGUUACUGAAGUUUUUCAGUAAAAUCUAUCAAAGAGAAGAACUGAGAUCUUACAGAAUCCGGUACCGUAGUAAAGUGUUAUCACGUUGGUUGGCUGGUUUACCACUGCAGCUUGCUCAUCUCGGCUCCCGAAAUCCUGAGCUUUCAACACAGCUUAUUGACAUCAUCCACACUGCUGCAGCCCGAGCAAAUAAAGAGCUUCUCAAAAGUUUACAAGUUACUGCUCUCCGAAUCUAUGAUCCACAAGAAGGCACGGUGGUGGUUCUCCCAGCAGAGUCUCAGCAGCUUUUGGUCCAGCUUGUGUAUUUUCUACCCAGUCUGCCUGCUGACUUGCUUUCUCGGUUAAGCCGCUGCUGUAUUAUGGGAAGACUCAGUGCAAGUUUGGCUGCCAUGCUUAUCGGGAUCCUGCACAUGAGAUCAUCAUUUUCUGGAUGGAAGUCUUCAGUGAAAGAAUGGAAUGGAAGUGUUCAGUUAAACAUCAGUAAUGAGGACUAUUUCAGCUUCUUAUUUUCAACACUUGCAGGGUUUUCGAAGGAGGAGCUGACCUGGCUCCAGAGCCUCCGAGGAGUGCCCCAUGUCGUCCAGACGCAGCUUUCGCCCGUGCUGCUCUACCUCACUGACCUGGACCAGUUCUCACACCACUGGGACGUGACAGAGACGGUCUGUCACAGUUUCCUGGUCGUCCCCGUCCGAAGCCAGAGCUUUGACGUCCUGCAGAGUGCCAUCAGUAAGCAUUUG